UGCGUCGCUGUGUAAGUAAUUGUGCGAUCCUAAACCUUUUGCGUAAGAUUCUACGGAUUGGUGGUGGUCAACUUGCAUUACUUUUUUAUAAUCCCCAAAAAACAGCUGCGCACCGGAUCUGUCAUUGUGGAUGCCCGGCGGAGACCAUCGGAGCCAAAAAACGGUCAUCAUCUACUGUGAUGAGGCGCAAUGCCGUAAUGGGUUACCAAGACACACUACUGUGCUUUCAAGGGUGAGAUGGAUGGGAGAGGGAGCAGUUCAGCGGCGAAAUAGAACCGCGACACUUUGCUUAUCCACCACUGCUCACUGCUCCAAUUGCCAGUUUCUCACUGGAUUGUGGAUAACCAAAAGCGGAUCAAGACGGACGGGGGGCUGGAGCAUCGAGGGAAACACAGGGGCAACAUGAGGGAGCGGGACUUCAUGCCCAACAUGGAAAGAGGUAAACCCGCUACCUACACGGGGGAUAAGAAGGCAAAAAUGGCGGCGAAGACCAACAAAAAAUGGGUAAGGCUGGCCACAGUCUUUGCAUAUGUGCUGUCUGUGUCUUUAGCAGCUAUAAUACUGGCCAUUUACUACAGCCUGAUAUGGAAGCCAACUGCAUCUUCUUCUUCUGUUGGUAAGCCGCCUGGUACCACCGCCACCCCUAACAACAUCUCAUCCAUCCUCAACAACACUAACGGGCCAGGCGCUAACUCUACACAGCUGGAUGGGGCGCUGAAUGACACGGGGUCGAAUGCGCUCAAUGCAUCCUCGAGAAUUGCUUUUCAAUCGGAAGUCGAAAGCCGGAGGGGGGCAGAGGACACCGCCGGGUCCCAAGAUGCGCAUUCUCAACCGGGAGGACUCUUCUCAGCUUCCCGUGGCUACGCGCCCCCGCAAACAGGAAAUCACGGGACAUUUGGUGAAGCAUCUGCUGUUCCCUCGGACGAUGGCAAACGACUCAGUGACCCAAAGAUGCCACUCGCCAGUGAACAGACUCGGUUGAGGGAUAAUAUGCAUAGUGGGGUCACGACGAGCAGGAAAGAGCGCCAGUCCGCUCAGGCAGCGGAUGACGGUACUCGACUUUCCUCAGCCGCGCAGAAGCCAGGGCAGCGUGCAUAAUAACUGACCCGGGUGGAUGUAACGCCAGGGAUGAGAAACUGUUUAAACAAACAAACACCGCAGGUCGGAACGUACAGUGGUCAAAAACUCUGGUGAAACGACAAGGAGGCCCAGCUGUGAUAAUGCGCACACUUCAUGCACGUAGAUAGCCUUGACUUAUUGACAGCGCACUGCUAAGGCUCUCACAACGUUAUCAUUUAGUUAAAAGCUUAUUGCGUUUAACAGUUGGAAUCCACAAGGGACACUUGAUGAUGCCACUAUGUUUCUUUCUUUAUCCUUUCUUUCCCACAAUAAUGUCGCUACCUUACUGCACGGUCUACGUGAGAUUCUCGAGUGUGGACGAGGCCUAUUAUAGGCACAAGCUCAGCGCACAUGGACAUCUUUUUGGUGACCUUAAUGAAUCGUGGUCACAGCAGUCAAGGGAGCUUUGCAUUUCUCAAUCUCAACACUAUAUAUUCAAUAAGCAGUUGCUUUAGGCCCACGGUGUGUUGAGCGUUUCCCCUCACUGCACUUCGUCUGAUUAGCCUAGGCAUACUGUAUGCGUUUAUUAAUCAAUUAAUCAGGAUUCCUGGAACGCAGGAGCCCAUGUUGAGUAAAGCUCAGGUAAUAUAACCAUCUAAAUGUAUCAGUCAUGUAGGCCUACAAAACUGUAGAGCAAAAACACUUGGCAUACCUGUGGCCCGACCCUACUUUUAGAAAUGUGUAGAUAGGCCUACUUUCUAUUAUGAUAAUGUACUAUGGACAUGACUAUACUCAGUAUAUUACCAAGCAAAUAAAGAUCAUUGU